AUGACUGGAGUCGGGAUCUCCUGGGGAACCAUCAAAUCCCUCUUGAUCUUCUUCGGUCCAAUCCUUCUACCCCGAUUACUUGGAGCCUACCGGGCCCUACGAGUCUCUAUCGCCAGUCGCCCACCUCCUCGUCCUCUCCCCAUCGCCCCUAACCGAGCACUGAACCUCUUGUUUGGAAGCAUUGUCUUCUUCCUUAUUCUCAGCCUACCUUUUAACCCUCAUGCGCCCGAGGUCAACGUUUUCGCCCUCACUCGCUCACGAAUCAAUACUCCGAUCGAUGUGAUCUUUCACCGGCUCACCAGGCUUCGGUCUGAUGGUUUACUGACCGAUGCGGACACCCUGCUUCGAGACAAGCUUACCUCUCUUGGCGCUCGCAAGGUCUACCUCACCUUUGGCGCCGAUGCCUUAACCUCCUGCCAGUACUGUUCCUUCGACAACAUUUAUACCUACCUCCUAUACUACCUGCCGGCCAACGUGCUCCGACCACAUCUUUUACAUCUCCUAAUCCUCGCCGUUGCCACAUCCGCACCAUUCGGGGGACGGGAAUCAAGCCGCUGGCGGACCAAGUUUACCCUCGCCGGUAUGGCGCUGGCUUUCGUGGAUCUCUAUGUGGUUGCCACAUAUGAUGCCGUGAAAUCGGCAUCCCCCGCAGUGCGCGCGGGUCAGAUUCCUCCUACUGGUCUCUAUAACCUCAUGGCACUCUUGCGGCCACUCGCAUUCACCAUGUGCGACACUCUAUGCGCCAUCAUCAUCUACCUCUCGGCUACCAACCGAUUCUUCUUUAAGCCACCAUCCACGGUGGAACAUCUGGAUCAAGCAGUGUCGGUCGCAUUAGCCGCGGUUACCGGGGCCAAUUCAAAGCUUCAUGCGGUCAAUGUGACGCGCAACGCCGUUGUUCGGGAUAAAGCGCUGAAAUCGCGCGAUGAUCUUUAUUGGCAGACCGUGGUGGCUGUGGAGAGCAACGGGGGCCAAGGUGGCUCUUCGGCUGAGAAAGGAGCAGUAGUGAACAACAUCUGGGAGGAGGAAGAAGUGGCUCGAGCCAUGUCACGGACAAUGGCAGGCCAGGGAGGAGUGGACCUGGCACAACUCGGGACGAGUGCGAAUGAGUUCGUCCGCGGAGUGACCGAAGGUUUGGAUUAA